AUGGACGCACAACCCCAUGCUCAGCGCUGCGAAUCGCCACUCAACACGCCCACCUCACCGACGUCGUCAUCAGGAGGAUCGUACUUUGAUUCAUCCUCCUCCUCCUCCAGCUCCUCCACCAUAUCCUCGCCACAAGUCCCCUUCCAGAUCAUCGUCACCUUCGACGGUAAGGUGCGCGAGAUGCUGAGGAUAGAGCGCGAGGUAGAUGGAAUGAGCCAACAACGCCGACCAAGGAUGAAGCCGAGACCGAGAUACUACUCCAUGAGUGCGGAGCAGAGAGCGGUAGGCUACUAA